AUGUCAUCUCUAAAACCGGAGGAUGAAAUUCCCUUGAUGGGCUUUGGGGACGAUGCAGGGGAGGAGAAGAGACUCGCGCGGACUACCAUCGCUAUCGAUGGAAUGACGUGUGGUGCUUGCACUUCUGCUAUUGAAGGUUUGUUGGUUCCUACUUUCUGUCCGGCGGAGGACACUUUUCUGACCCGCACGCGCGGUGACAAUUUAGGUGGCUUCACAGAAAUCGACGGGUUAGAGUCCUUCACAGUGAGUUUGAUCACAGAACGAGCCGUUGCAAUCCACGAUGUCGCGAAACUUUCAGCCGAGCGGAUCGCCGAAAUGUGAGUGUUAAACGUCAAAGUUUGCAACUCCGCGGGGAAACAGCGUUAACCUGGUAUGACAGAAUUGAAGACCGCGGUUUCGAUACAACGAUAGUCUCCUCCGACAUCAAGGGGCGAUCGCCAAGGGGUGGGCGGAGGGGGGCGUCGGCCUCGGGAUUGAUCGCCACUACGAUUGCGGUGGAGGGUAUGACUUGCGCAUCCUGUUCAAGUUCUAUCGAAGGCGCUUUCAGGAAUGUGGAUGGUGUACGGAGCAUCGCUGUAGAUUUGGGUACGGACCGUGCUGUCGCCACUCACGACCCCGCAAAGAUAUCGGCAGAGAAGGUGGCGGAAAUUAUUGAGGAUCGUGGGUUCGAUGUGAAGAUUGUGCGUUCUGAGCCUGUUGGAGGAUAUGGACGACGAAGCAUUAGCGAUUCGACACCCCAUUUGGCUACGACGACAAUUGCUGUGGAGGGUAUGACUUGUGGUGCUUGUACUGCAGCUAUUGAGGGGGGUUUUGAGGGCGUUUCUGGGAUCGGAAGCUUCACGGUUAGCUUAAUAACAGAAAGGGCGGUGGCGGUUCACGAUCCAGAUGUUAUUUCUGCUGAAAGGAUUGCAGAAAUGUAAGCCAUCGUAUUAUAUGACGCUUGAAGUUGAAAUGACUAACCAGUUUUAGAAUCGACGACCGAGGAUUCGAGGCGAAAAUCAUAUCAACAGACCUCCAGGGUAGCGGGGAUCGGGGUGCGAGAGAGGACACCAUAAUAUUCAAGAUUUUUGGCGCGAACUCAGAGGAGGAUGCCAUGAGGCUAGAGAACUCUUUCAGAACCUGUGAAGGGGUUAUCGAUGCUGUUGUGACAUUACCUGAUGCAAAGGCUGUAAUCGAAUACUAUCCAUCGAAAACUGGGGUGCGUAACCUUGCCGACGUCGCCGAGUCGUUGAACAUGAACGCCCUUCCAGCUGAUAUGGAAGACAAUAGCGCCCAGCUGGAAUCCCUGGCAAAAACAAGGGAAAUCAAGCAAUGGCAGCACGCGUUCUGGUUUUCGCUGUAUUUCGCUGUCCCGGUGUUUUUGAUAUCCAUGGUAAUUCCAAUGUGGUUUAAGGGACUCGAUGAGUACAUCGGCCAGUUGGCUAUAAUACCGGGACUGUACCUGGGCGAUGUCGUCUGUUUGCUGUUGACCAUUCCGGUACAAUUUGGAAUCGGGUUGAAGUUUUAUAGGAGUGCCUUCAAGAGUCUUAAGCACGGGAGUGCUACCAUGGACGUUUUGGUGGUUCUUGGAACUUCGGCGGCUUUCUUCUUCUCGAUCGUGGCUAUGCUCAUGUCUAUUAUGUGUACUCCCCAUAGCAAGCCUAGCACUGUGUUCGACACUUCUACCAUGUUGAUCACGUUUAUUUCCCUUGGCAGGUACAUUGAGAACAGAGCCAAGGGUCAGACUUCAAAAGCUUUGUCGAGGCUGAUGUCUCUCGCUCCUUCAAUGGCAACAAUAUAUGUCGACCCGGAGAGGGCAGGGUUGAGCAUGGAGAGUGGCGAUAGCGCAGGCGAGGAGAGGACUAUUCCAACGGAACUUAUUCAGGUCAGCGACAUCGUGGUUCUCCGUCCAGGGGAUAAAAUACCUGCUGAUGGAACUGUUGUUGCGGGAGAAAGUUACGUUGAUGAGAGCAUGGUCACUGGAGAAGCCAUGCCGAUCCUGAAACGCAAGGGAGCACUAUUGAUUGGCGGAACAGUCAAUGGUGCGGGUCGUCUUGACUUACGAGUCACUAGGGCCGGAAGGGACACUCAACUAAGCCAGAUUGUCAAGCUCGUCCAAGAAGCCCAAACUUCCCGAGCACCUAUUCAACGAAUGGCUGAUAUCCUCGCUGGGUACUUUGUCCCUAGCGUCAUCGCGCUAGGGUUAAUCACCUUCGUUGGUUGGAUGAUCCUUAGCCAUGUCCUCAACCCCCCCCCAGCAAUUUUCUCAAAGCAAGCUAGCGGCGGGCCAUUCAUGGUCUGCUUGAAGCUCUGCAUUAGCGUCAUCGUAUUCGCCUGUCCAUGCGCCCUCGGUUUGUCCACGCCUACCGCAGUGAUGGUAGGUACAGGUGUGGGAGCAGAGCAAGGUAUUCUCGUCAAAGGUGGUGCAGCACUCGAAACUGCGACGAAAAUCACGCAGGUCGUCCUGGACAAAACCGGAACAAUAACAUUCGGCCGAAUGACCGUUGCCGUUAGCAAGCAGUCUACAGCAUGGGGGUCUACUGAACAGAAGUCCCGCCUCUGGUGGUUGCUCGUCGGCAUUACUGAAGCUGGUAGCGAACAUCCUAUUGGUAGGGCUAUUACCGCCGCUGCUAGGGAGCACUUGGGUCUAGGCGUAGACGGACUUCUCGACGGGUCGAUCAUGGAGUUCAAGGCCACUGUCGGCCGAGGCGUUCAAGCAAAUGUCAAGCCGGCCGCUGAGCCAAAGGCUUACAGAGUUCUCGUUGGAAACACUAGAUUCCUUAACGAAAGCGGCAUUGCGGUUCCCGAAGAGGCAGUCAAUGAAGCGAAGGGUGUAAGUCUUGCGGGUCAAGCCAGAAGCACCGAUGGAAAUACAUACGUCUUUGUUGCAAUUGAUGGGGAAUAUGCAGGACUGGCAGCGCUUAGCGACGAACUAAAGCCAGACGCUAAAUAUGCAGUUGAGGCACUGCGCAGGCUGGGUGUCAAAAUAGCGAUGGUUAGUCCCCCUCUUCUGGCCGCCCACAUCUCGCUAACCCCAUGUACAGGUAACUGGCGACCAAGAAGCCCCGGCCCAGCAGAUCGCCAAACAAGUCGGCAUACCCCUCUCAAUGGUCCACUCCUCUGCUUCCCCCGAGAGGAAACAGGAGAUAAUAAAAGCUCUCCAAGCCUCCGGUGAAAUUGUAGCCAUGGUUGGCGAUGGUAUAAACGACUCUCCGGCACUCGCAACUGCGGACGUCGGAAUCGCAAUGUCCUCGGGCACGGACGUGGCGGUGGAAGCUGCAGAUAUCGUCCUCAUGCGGCCUCAAUCCCUCCUGGACAUUCCCGCGGCCUUACACCUCGCCAAAACCAUCUUUGGCAGGAUAAAGUUGAACCUGCUCUGGGCUUGCUUCUACAAUGUGUUGGGUUUACCGUUCGCUAUGGGGGUUUUCUUGCCGCUGGGACUGCACCUGCACCCCAUGGCGGCAGGCGCUGCCAUGGCAGCUAGUAGUGUUUCCGUCGUGUGUUCCAGUCUGCUACUGAACUUAUGGAGAAGGCCGGUUUGGAUGACGGUUGAUGGGAUGAAGGCCGAGGAAGCGAGUGGCCUAGAAACUCCUAGGGGUCCGGGCAUGGGUUGGUGGAGCAGGUGGGGGAGGUGGAGGGCCGGGAGAAGAGUUGGAGAUGGGUAUACACCCAUUGGUACGGAAGAGGUGUAAAUGCUUGUUGGGCGAGCCGGAGAGUAUAUGUAUUAUUCCUUAAACCAACACUUAAUUGUUCACAUCUGCUUUUCCCUCGUUUUUCCAGUACUUUUUUUUUCCCUCUUUUCCUCUUCAUCGGCUGGGUUUUGUUGUUACAAGGAUAGGGUAGCUUGGUGUGGUGGGCUCUGGUCGGGUGAUAUAGAAAUUACACCUUCACCCCUU